CCAUCUUGCAGUUUGCCAUCUUGUUAAAAGGGUAAGGGGGCGACGGGGGCGUCGUCGUCGCCGCUUAAGGGGCGAGGCAGCAGCCUGAGCAGCCGCACCCGCAGUCAGCACUUGUUUACAAGUAGACUGAUUUAUGUAAAAAGGAAAAAAUAUUUAAUUGACAGCAUCAAGAAAAGACUUUCAAGACUGCUUUGUACACCGUUUAUAAAUUGGUCAAAUGAAGGAAAUAUGGAGUAGAAACAAGGAAGUCAUGGUAAUGCAUUGGUUGAUAAGUCGGACGUGUCACGUCUUCAUAAUACUUGCCUGCUUAAGUACGGCCUCCGUCUUGGCGCAGUCACCACCAAAAGUUGAAGUUGACGUGAAGGAAAAGGUGGUCAAGGUUGGAGAUCCCUUCGAGUUUGUCUGCAGGGUCGCCAGGCCAAUUGAAUAUUGCGGAAUCAAGUUCGGCACCACCAGCAUCAAGAUCAAGGAAAACACCAAGAGGGACGAUCUCGAGUACUCUGGUCGUGGCUUCCAAAAUGGAGAAUGCGGAAUCAAGAUUUACAGUGUCAAGGAAAACAUGCACGGAAACUUCACAUGCACAGUCGGUUACCCUGACCUUAGUCUAGAAAGUGUCGGAUUAACUCAAUUAACGGUGGCCAUCCCACCCACCAGCAUCAAACUGACCACCAACAAAGAGGAGUACAAGGAGGGAGAGCAAAUGGUAAUGACCUGUUCAACUUCUGGUGCCAGGCCAGCACCAACAGUCACCCUCUUCCUUGACAAUAACAUCUUGAACACUAGCCGAAAGACUUCUGAGUCUGUCAUCUUCAACCGCACUGCCAGCUACAAGGACAACAACAAGAGACUGGUUUGCAAAGCCACUCACCAGGCCCUCUCUGAGGAUGAUGUCAGGAGCAACGAGAAAAUUCUGAUUGUCUACUUCAAACCACAGCCUGGAGAGUUCAUAAAAACAUCACUCAAGGAAGGUGAGGAGGGAACUAUCUCCGUGGACGUCUUUGCCAACCCAAAACCCAGAUUUGACUGGAGGAUCAAUGGCGUCUCUCCAGACAAUGCUGCUUUCAAAACUGUGACUGACCAGGAAAUGAACAGUGAUGGUUCAUACAGAGCUAAGCUUCUGAUCAACAAAGUGACGCAAGAUGACCUAACGAAGGAAUUUGUUCUGACAGCUACCAACAUACACGGCUCCGAGACUUACAGGGUCGAGAUCACCUUUGCGUCUUUGGAAUCUGAAGAUGGAAUAGGUGCUGGGGGAAUAGUUGGCAUCAUUAUGGCUAUUCUAAUUACCCUGGGAGGUGUUGGGCUUGCCUUAUUUGCUCGCAGCACAGGUCGCUGGUGUUUUGCCCGUGAGUAAAAUCAGUCGUGGUGUCCAUAAAUCCAUCGUCUGCUACCUUGACAUUGGAGUGUAUAUCAGGUCUGUAAUUUUAGAGAGUCUUUGGAAUGUCCGUUUCUAGGGACAACAUCCUUUGCUUGAGAGACAAAUUUAUAGUUUUGAGAUUUUUUUCCAUUAUUAAAUAACCAAAAACAACAUUUUAUAACGAUUUGAAAUGAAUUAAGAGCUGAAAAUAUUAAUUCAAAUAUGCCUUUAAUGGAUCUAUUUUACACAAAAGGUAAAGGGGCAAAUAAACACCAGCAAAUCCAAAUCCGAUAAGCUUACUUAAAGUUAGAUUGUGAAUUGUAAAUAUCUCCUAAAUUUAAUCUAUUUUAUGUAUCCAUCGUAGCAAUAUUUGUGGGAGUCUGGGGAAUUUUUUUGGAAUCAAGGAGCAAAUUUUUUGUACCUUGGUCAGGCGUGAAAAAAUUCCUGGAAAAUAGAGUUCUUAGAAUAAAAAAUUUGUCCUGGUAAAUGCUACACUUGAUGUGCUUGACUUACACAUGAUUUCCGCUUUGAGAAUAUUUUAAACAGCAUUCAUUAUAAAUCAAUUUGUGCGAAAUUCAAUUCAAUGUACAAAAUUGGACUAAUUGCUAUUAAUCAUGUAUGUACCUGGCACCUGCUUAUUAUUAUAAUGAUUAUCUACCUCUGCAGAGAGUUACAAAACAAGAGUUGUCUCAUUUUGUUUAUGAAAAUGUCAAUAAAAAAUACUCAGCAAGAUCUGAUCUAAAUCAACCAAAAUAAGCAAUAUAAUUAUUAUU